UGUAACCAUUUAACCCAACAGGCAGUCCGUACAUUCUUCUACACGAACCGACAAACAUGUGAACAAUGGAUGAACAGGUUACGACUUGCAGUGAUGCGCAUCUCAUUAGCAAGUGGUUUGGAAACACUGGCCUUCCAGCAUGGCCAAGCUAUACUGCAUGAUAUGAAGACAAAGAAUAAUACCACUGGUGUUGAAUUUGAAUCAGCUGUAGCCAUGACAACCGAAGCGUUAGUUAGACUUGGUUCACCACAAAACUUGGAAGGAUUACAUCGUUGGUGCCGGGGUUUGAACGGUCCUAAACAACAAUGGGGGUGGAUUAAAGUAGCCAAGUAUGAUGCUGCUAAAAGUUACGAAGACGCAGUGAAGGAAUACAAAUCCAUCUUCAAUGCUCGGAGGAAUUCUGAAUGUUCGGGUGAUGCAGCUCCACCCGGUGAUGGAAGAAAAACAAUAUCUCCGUCGCGUGCCUUUGUUACGAAACAGAUAAUCCGAUGUUACAGCCAACUCAGUUGUUGGGAGGAAUUAGAAAACUUCAAGAAACAAAUUUCAACAGAAAAUUCAACAAACAAGAAAAUCUUUUCCACAAACAUUGAACAGAUCAGAACCCUUGGAAACUUUGAGAAGUUGGGAACAAACAUGGACGCCAAACCUCUCAGUGGUGGGAAAACCCCUGGUGGGGUAAUUAAUGGGUUAACGUCAACCCCAGCUACAGCCUGGGUGUGGGAGGAGUUACUUAUGCAUAACGAUGUCGAAACAAUUCAAAAUCUCACCUCUGGUAACUUGGAAGGAAAGGAAAAGUCAAACGCUGAGUCACAGCUCCAACAAAUCGCUGACUCAUCAUUAAACUGCGUCAAAUUAUCGUCAGCAUCAUGGCCACCUAGUGUUGAUAAUGACUUCUACUCAAUGUUCGCGAUUUCGUCCGCAGUGAAGUCAGCUGUUGAACAGAAACAGACCAAACUCUCUGUCCCGUUAUCUUCCAAUUUGUCGCGCUCUGAUUGGAUGGUUGGGUCAUGUGGUACGAGGUUGUUGACGUACCUGCAACAGACUGCAGAUAAGAAUGAGAAGAGCAACAAGAGUUUGUUCGACUUACGACUUGGAUUAAUCAAAGAAAAUCGAAAACACAACAAUUUCAAACGUUCGCGUUCUUUACUGCUGCAACAAAUCAACUUUAUAUCAGAGGAAAAAUGCUCACUGAAUGACUCAACAGAACUGAUGACAAUUUGUCGUUCAUUGCCUGAAAAUGCCGAGUCGCUGGCCAACACUUUUAGAAUUCGGCAUGAGUCAGCAAAAUUACUACAAGCCACUGGUCACGGGUCAGCGAGCAUGACGUUACUCGCUGAUUCCAUCUGCGGUUACCUUGGGAACGGUCACAAGAACUGUGGUGACAUAUGUGCCCAAAGUAUCCUCACAUUGGUGAAAUACAUGCAAGGUGAUUGGAAGAAUGUGGGACCAAUGUUGAAAGAUCUGCUAAGCCCCGGCAACAGCGCUGACCAACCACCCCUCACUACUAAGUUGAAGUUGUUGAUGGACAUCGAACAACGUGCUUUCACAUAUACAACGUCCAUUGCUUUCUCUAAUAACCAAACAUUAAUACCUGAAGUCAACCACGAGAUCGUGAUCGGUUGUUUAUUAAACUUGGCAACAAACGUGGCCCCUGAGAUGGCAAAGGCUUGGUUUUCUAUGGCAGGCUGGUGUUAUAAAUGGGGAAGGAAGAUAAUGGACUCGGCAAGUUCUGCUGGCAGCGUUGAAUUAACUGAAACUGAGAAACACAUUGUACGUAGCACACUUACACCACUAGGUGUUGAUGAGGAGCAGGUGGAACAAGUAUACAGUGUGUUGAGGAAAGCACAUUGUAACUCUGCUAGUGUGUUGGUUGACGGGGAGGCUGUUGAUGAUAUUUCUAUGAAUGAUCGCGAACAAAGUUACACAGACGUUAGUGAGGUCGUGCUUGACCAACUUCGGUCACGAUGUGGUGCUUGGUUGUCUCGUGCACCAACACACACACAAUCCACGUUGUUGAGCGUAUGGCAACUUGUGUGCAGGAGGUUGUUCACACAAUAUAGACUUGCAGCUGAAGGUUAUUUUAAGUUCCUUCAUCUUAAUGCUGGGGAUCAGGCCCCACUUAAAUAUGAAGACAGUAACGUGACAGCCACAUUACGUUUGUUACGUUUGCUUGUUAAACAUGCACUGGAGUUGCAAACAACACUUAAAAUAGAACUUGCUACGGCACCAACGUUACCCUGGAAAGGUAUUAUUCCACAACUGUUUUCACGCUUGAAUCACCCGGAAAGCUACGUUCGGCGUAGCAUAGCAGGCCUUCUGUGCCGCGUUGCUGUUCAUUCACCUCAUCUCAUCAUAUACCCUGUUGUCGUGGCUACAAUGAGGUCAGACCCGAGAGCUCACUCUGCUCUUCGUGCUACUCUUGAGGAGCAAGAGGAGGACGAGGAGAAUGAAGAGAAUGAGAAAAAGGUGAAGGAGGAGGGAGAAGGAGUGAGAGUGGAUGGGAGUGAGAAGGAGAAGGAUGAGAAUGAAAGAAACAAAGAACAGGAUGGAACAACUGAAGAAAACGGUGUAACCAACUCAUGCUACCAACAAGUACUUCGUGCACUCACUGAACAAGAUGCAACCAAAGUGCACGAUGUGCAGAUCGCGGUGCACGAGUUGCGCAGAGUCACGCUACUAUGGGAUGAAUUGUGGUUGGGAACGUUAAGUCAACAUCAACAUGAUAUUAUGAGACGAUUGCAUCAACUACAAGAUGAGGCAAAGAGAGUCAACACCAACAGUUCGUUGUCUAAAUCAGAGAAACAAGUUAUAUUACGUGAACAACAGCAAGCGAUAAUGCGGCCUGUAUUAUACGCCAUGAAACGCGUGCAGCGUAUAACAUGUGCGUCACCUGAAACACCCCAUGAACGAUGGUUCGCUGAUAAUUUACAACCAAUGAUAGAUCAGGCAUUGGAGAAGUUAAAGAACCCACCAAACCCACAUAAUCCACAAUCGUGUUGGUCAGGAUUCAAACAAGUUCACAGUUUACUACAGAACCGUGCAUCUAAACGUGCAGCACACAUCCUCAAUCUUGGUGAAAUUAGCCCGCGUUUGAUGACACUGAAGUCAACUACCAUGCCAAUACCAGGAGUUACGGACACCAACCAUCCAGUAGUAGUAGAUGGUUGUAGUAGUGCUGUCACUAUACUUCCAACUAAAACUAAACCCAAGAAACUUCAAUUCAUUGGAUCAGAUGGGAGGAGAUAUAACUACUUGUUCAAGGGGUUGGAGGAUCUUCAUUUAGACGAGCGCGUUAUGCAGUUUCUCUCCAUUGCCAACCGGUUGUUGCGACGACAGCACGAGAAAUGUAGUUACGUUGCCCGACAUUACUCUGUCACCCCCCUCGGCCCCAGGUCGGGUCUUAUACAGUGGGUUAGCGGGGCAACCCCGUUGUUCCUGCUUUAUAAAAGGUGGCAGCAACGACAAGUUAUUGCUCAAGCAAAUAAAACGGCAGUAGCACAAGGUAGCACCAACCCCACCCAACCCCCCAAUCUACAAAUAUUACGACCCAGUGAUCUUUACUACAGUAAACUUAACCCAGCUAUGAAGAAAGCUGAAGUGGACGUGGACAGGAUAAGUAGAAAGGAUUGGCCGGUUGAAGUACUACGAGGUGUGUUAAAGGAACUUCUCGAUGAAACACCAGAUGAUUUACUGCAGAAGGAAUUAUGGUGUUCGUGUACUGGAUCUGCUGAGUAUUGGAAUAUGCAACAGAAAUAUUCGCAAUCAACUGCAGUGAUGUCAAUGAUUGGUCAUGUGAUCGGACUUGGUGAUCGACAUCUCGAUAAUGUGUUGGUGGAUUUGGAAACCGGCGAGGUUGUCCACAUUGACUACAACGUAUGUUUUGAGAAAGGUUUACAACUCCGUGUGCCCGAGCGUGUUCCGUUCCGAUUGACACAAAACCUCUUGAGGGCGCUAGGGAUCACUGGGGUGGAGGGAGUGUUCAGGAAUUCUUGUGAACAGGUAGUUAGAUACCAUUAUGUCAUCUUUAUGUAUGUAUAGCCUUCAUCACUAGCU